GAAAAAAGAGUUGAAACGUAGAACAAACGAUUGACCCAGGAAGUUACACUCGCUUCCAAAUGGUCUUUGGUGGUAGUCAUCAUGCUUGCCAAACCUCCUAGAAUUUGCUUUCUGCUUUUAUUUUCUUCUCAAAUUGGAAAAUAGAGAAGUAAAGACCUUCUGAUCUAGCCAUCAUAAAUUAUGAUUACAUGAAAUUCCCUUUUCUUACAAACAGAGCAAAAGAGGGCAAGAACACACAAAAAUCCCAAACAGCUUUUGAGACGUGAGUAUUUCAUGUGAAUUUUCACUUAAUCAUGCUAUUUAAAGCUACCAAUAUAUUUGCAGUAUCGAUAAUGCUGGGGUUUUUUCUAGUAGUUCUCUUAAUUUCUGGCUUUUCUGAAUUGCUCCCGGGUUCUUCUUCAAACCCAACAACCAAAGAUUCCACCUUUUCUAAUUCUCUUUCGAAAUCUAAGCCAGAGCCAUUUUCGGACUUGUUUACUGCUUACAGAAGAUGGGAUUCUCAGGUGGGUUGUACCCAAUUUAGAGAGAAACAUAAAGAUGGGUUGAAAUUUGGGAAUUUUUCUUCAUCGACGUCUUCUUUGCAAGAUGUGGAUGGUGUGCUGCAAUGUAGUGAGUUGAAGAUGGAUCAUGUUAGUGUUUUGGUUAAAGGGUGGACUUGGAUUCCUGAUAAUUUAGAUAAUUUGUACUCUUGCCGCUGUGGGUUGAGCUGUUUGUGGACUAAAUCAUCAGUUCUUGCCGAUAAGCCUGAUGCAUUGUUGUUUGAGACUGUUAGUCCUCCCCGUCAGAGGCGCAAUGGUGAACCACUUCGUGUAUAUAUGGACCUGGAAGCUGGUAGAAAAAGAUCAGGAUCUGAAGAUCUUUUCGUUAGUUAUCAUGCUAAAGAUGAUGUUCAGUCAACUUAUGCUGGUGCACUUUUUCACAACAAUCGAAAUUAUCGGUUGUCUCGGGAAAAGACUACUGAUGCUUUGGUUUAUUGGUCUUCAUCACGUUGUCUUCCUGAAAGAAAUGAGCUUGCUAAACGCAUACUUGGAUUGUUGCCCACUCAUUCAUUUGGCAAGUGCUUGAACAAUGUUGGUGGUUUAGACGAGGCACUAACCCUCUAUCCAGACUGCAGUAAGGAUGCGUCUGAAUCGCCUAAAUGGUGGGAUCAUUUGCAUUGUGCGAUGUCUCACUACAAAUUUGUUCUGGCAAUAGAAAACACCAAGACAGAGAGCUAUGUUACAGAAAAAUUGUUUUACGCUUUAGAUGCUGGGGCAGUUCCUAUCUACUUUGGUGCCCCGAAUGUGUGGGACUUCGUGCCUCCACAUUCUAUCAUAGAUGGGUCGAAAUUUAGUUCACUCGAAGAAUUGGCUUCUUAUGUGAAGGCUCUCGCUAAUGAUCCUGUUGCAUAUGCGGAAUAUCAUGCCUGGAGGAGAUGUGGUUUAUUAGGUAACUACAGGAAAACUCGUGCAGCGAGCCUAGACACGUUACCUUGCAGACUUUGUGAAGCUGUGAGCCGGAAAAAUGGUAGAGACUCGAGGUCCUUAUAGAGCUUUCUUAAUUUUAUCAAGUGUGGCAACCCCCUAUGUGGUGUGGGGUUUUUGUAGAGAUAGACUAUAUAGAGAUGAUUUAGGAGGUGAUAUAUAGAGAUAGACUAUAACUGAGUAUUUUUGUAGUCAGCAUACUGGACAAAUUGAUAGGGAUUGCAUUUUACAAAUUUUGGUCUUAUCACAUUAUUCUACUGAAUCCAUUCUGAUUUUGUGCAAUGUGAAUCUAAUAUGUUAUCUUCUCCAGC